AUGAGUUUUUUCAUAGUACUCUCUGCUCUUGUGGCUGUUUCCUGUGCCGCGCCUCAAUACCAGGAAAUCCCCAUCGUCAGACAAGAGCAAACCAUCAACCCAGACGGCUCCUAUCAAUACAGCUAUGAGACCGGCAAUGGCAUCGCUGCUCAAGAACAAGGCUCUUUGAGGAGUGCUGGACCAAACAGCGAACCAGCUAUUGCAGCCCAAGGUUCCUUUAGCUACACAUCUCUUGAGGGGAUUCCCAUCUCUCUUAGCUACGUCGCUGAUGAAAACGGUUUCCAGCCCCAAGGCGACCAUUUACCUACUCCUCCCCCUAUUCCUGAAGCUAUCCUGCGCGCUAUUCAGUACAUCCAAUCCAAACCCCAACAGCCCGAGCCUUCCUAUCAGCAGCAGGUUCAACCUACUUACCAGCAACAACAAUUCCAAAAAAAACCUAUCGGGCAGGCCUUCCGCGGUUAA